UCAUAUUCACUCAGGGAGCACAGUGAAGCAGCGUGCAUGCCGGGGAGCAAAACAACACACUAGUGCGGCACACGUGGAGCUCCUCCAUCCACUCUGCCGCUGGCUCGGCCUCAGCUGAGGAGAGGUGUUCAAAGGCGGAGAAGAGAGGAGGAGGACAAGAGGCGCUUCGGUAUUACAGGGAGGAGAGCCCAAGAGGAGGAAAGAUUCCCCCAAACGCAGUGAGGGCCUCGGAUGAGGAGAAGAGGAGAGCAGAGGGCAUUGGAUAGGCUUCAUUCAGAAUGGCAGCUCCAGACUUACUGGACCCCAAAACGGCCACUCACAACAACAAGCCCCGCCUCUCCUUCUCCACCAAGUCCAUCACGCUGACCCCACGAGAGGAGAGCGAGGUGGUUGCCACGGUGAUGAAAAGGAAGACGGUGACCGCCAUCUUUCUUUUGGUGGUCCUCUACCUGGUGAUGGGAGCGGCCGUCUUCAGGUCCCUGGAACAGCCUCACGAAAGUGCUCAACGCUUGGCCAUCUUCAAUCAGAAGUUGGAUUUUCUGGCCAAACACUCCUGCGUCAACUACAGUCAGCUGGAGGAUCUAGUUAAGCAAGUCGUGUCGGCCAUUCGCUCGGGAGUGAACCCCGCGGGAACGCUCACCAAUCCCAGCAGCCUCUGGGACCUCAGCUCCGCCUUCUUUUUUGCCGGGACUGUCAUCACAACCAUUGGUUUCGGCAACAUCUCCCCUCACACGGAAGGCGGGAGAAUCUUCUGCAUCGUCUACGCUCUGCUGGGCAUCCCUCUGUUCGGCUUCCUCCUGGCCGGCGUGGGCGACCAGCUGGGCACCAUCUUUGGGAAAAUCAUCGCCAGAGUGGAGAAGAUGUUUGUGCACUGGAACAUCAGUCAGACCAAGAUCCGGGUCAUAUCUACGCUGCUGUUUGUGCUCUUUGGCUGCUUGCUGUUUGUGGCGCUCCCAGCAGCCAUCUUCCAACACAUCGAGGGCUGGUCGGCGUUGGAGUCGCUCUACUUUGUGGUCAUCACUUUGACCACCAUCGGCUUCGGGGACUUUGUUGCGGGAGGCUCAGAAAUCGAGUACUUGGACUACUACAAACCAGUUGUGUGGUUCUGGAUUCUGGUGGGACUGGCCUACUUUGCCGCCAUCCUCAGCAUGAUUGGAGACUGGUUAAGAGUCAUUUCUAGAAGGACCAAAGAAGAGGUGGGAGAGAUUCGCGCGCACGCAGCCGAGUGGACCGCCAAUGUGUCAGCUGAGUUGAAGGAAACACGGCGACGAGUGAGCGUUGAAAUCUACGACAAGUUCCAGCGGGCCGCUUCCAUUAAACGCAAACUGUCGUCCGAGCUCGGUUUCAGCCCCGCCCCCGAUUUCGCGCUUCCCCGGAGGACGGUGUCAGCCAAUCACAGCGAGGAGCGGGAAAAGAGCGACAAGGAGGCGGGGCUACCCGGGCUGACCUCACAGCUGACCCGGAACUGCGGCUUGUUUAUGAACGGUCUGGACCUGGAAAGAGGCGAAAUGGCCGUCGUUGAACACAUUAAGUGAAAGACACUUUGUAUUAUGUCCCGCUCGAAAACAUUGCGGCUCUCCUAAUGAUGGCGGAUGUCGUCGUCUUCCAUACAGAAUUCCAGGUUUUUUGGACGAGUUCUGGGAGCUGAGGUGUCAAUCAACAAUGGGAGCAUCUACUAAAUAUCCAAGCACUAGCAAAUCUGCCUCUAACUGCAGUAUUUCAACAGUUCAUUCAAACAGGUUCCUUAGUUCUCAAACUAUUUGGCUCCUGUGACCCCCUUAUAAUCCACACGCCAAUUAAACACAACUACCCCUUAAAUGCCAGAAGGAUUGAAAAGGUGCCCAUUUGGGGGUGGGGGGGGGGGGGGAAGUUGGAAUAUUACAAUAAGAAACAUAUUUUUAAAAAUUAUAUUAUGAUUAUCGUAUUGCUAAUACCAAUUAAACAACUACCCCUAAAUGCCAUAAGAUUUAAAAAGCGGCCUAUUUUUUUAGGAAAAAAGUUGUGAUCUUUACAAUAACAAAUUCAUAUUUUUGAAAGAAAAAGCCAUAGAAUAAAGAUGGAUUUUACCCAAAAAGUCCAAAUACAUUGGACCCUCGCGUAUUUCUGGUUUUGGCAUUUGCAAAUUCUUGAGAGAAACCCCUGCUUGUUCGCGUUUUUAAAAAUAAUUUAAAAAAAAUUAUAAUUACCUAAUCCCCCGCUUAUUUGCAGUUUCAUGGCCCAAUCCCUUUCUGAAUCCUCUCGGCUGCCUGAGGUCCCUUCACUUUCCUUCUGUUUGCUGGUCUUAUGCCCAGUUGUUGGCAAACGAAGGAUGGGCAUUCUCUAUUUUCCAGAGGUGGCUAUUCCACUAUAGUUUCAGCAAGGUACUUGAAACCGAAGCUAUACUGCAAGGCCGCGGGGGUGUCCCCACUAGUGUGCCCGCAAGUGCACGGCAAAUGAUUGAAACCACGACUAUAACUUUUAUUCUGGAAAAUAUGGCUUUUGACUGAGGAAAAUUUGACUUGAUUUCUGGAGUAAUGCACCUUUUCCCCCCCAAAAUAAAAAAAACACCAUUCAUGCAGGGAUAUCAGAUUUACGUGAUGAUACGUCACAAUUAAAUCAGUUUUUAAUUGGCCUGAAGAUAAUGGUAUGUUUGUUUUAUUGGCGCACUGGCCCCCAUGUGUAGGUAUGCACCUUUCUAAAUAAUAAGGCAUAAUUUACUACAUAUUCUUUUGUGGACCCCCGAGCCACAGCUUGGGGACCCUCGGGGGUCCGGGGACCCCAGUUUGAGAACCGCUGUAUAGUUAACAGCUGCUGCUAAUUUAUAAACGUUAAAUACCUGGAAUAAUGUGGAGAUUGUUUAGUUUUUGGGGGGACACUGCAAUAAGCUAAAAAGUAUUUUUGAUAGUUUUGUUUAUGCUUCUUCUAUCGGUUUUAUUGUCACUAACGUCUGUAGGCCACCAUAAUAAUGUAGCUUGAUCAUAAAGACGUAGCUUUGGAUGUGCUCGCCAGUUGAGAAUAACAAGGUGGAACGCUUUUGGAUUUUGUUUCCAUGGCCAAACCUGUGACUGGUACUCAUCAAAACUCCCAGGUGAGGAGGAAGAGGCAGCACGGGCGGUUUAAUUCAAGCGUCACGGUGCCUUAAAGGCGUUCAUUUUGCCGAAAUGUCAAGCACACAAGCCUGAGAGGUUGACCUUUAAGUGCGAAGCAACAAAAAAAAGUUAGCCAUGUUAUCUUUCUAUUGCCCCUCUGAGUCACUUCAUCAGAGCUUCAUUACAGUGAAUGUGGAAGGUGGACACAAGCCUGUUAAAAUAUGAGGGUUUUUUUUUUCUUAUGGAAAAAAACACCCAAUAUUAUAGAUAUCUUUUUUUUCAUCUGAUGUUGUAUGCUUGAUUAGAGCAGGGUUCUCAAACUUUUCGGGUCUAAGGACCCCAUGCAGGGUAAAAAAAAAAAAAUGUUCCCAAGGUCUGCUCAAACAAUUAACAUGGCACAACUUGAUUUGAUAUUGUUAACUCACUCGUCUUUAAACAUAAGCCCACACAUUCUCAGGUGGAUUUAGGUCAGCGCUCUGGCUAAAAAAAAUACAAAAUAAAAUAAAAAAUAAUAAUUGUAUCUUAACAUUCAAACUAAUUAAAAACUAACAUAACUAAUUAUUUAUCUGUUCACAAACUACUCCUAAACUUGGAAUAGGUACAGGAUACUCCUAAACGUUUAUGUUCAUCCAUCACUCUACAGUACAUGAUUCCAGACUGACAUAUUGUACUUUUUCAUGUGUGUGAAUAUGGAAAAUGGAAUGUAUUUUCAUGUGAAUGUUGGAAUUGACUAGAUUCUAAUCGACCUUAAACGAUUCUACUCCUACUUUGUCACAAGAGGAUGAUGUGUGUCGAAUAUGUAGUGUUUGCAUAAAUUCUGAUUCUAAGCUCUUAAAUCAGGGGCUGGGGAACCUCAGAUCCGGACGACGUACAAUUGUAAAAACUAAUACAAUGUCAGGAAAAGCCCUAAAAACAUCUAACCCACAAAUGUUCAAAAUUUGUCGUUUUGUUGCUUCGAGGACUUCCCCACACCCGACUUAAAUCAUUCUGAGCUCAUGUACGACUACUGCUUAAAGACACACAAACAGGAGGCCGCCUCCUCCACCUGCAGUCUAAAAUGCACUUUGAUUUUACAGCAUUAGCACGUAGCGACAUGCUACAGUUGGCGCGGCUAUGCAGUCCAUCUCGUUAUUAGCAUUAUUAUUAAAGCUCUGAUUUACAGUUUAAUGUACUACAGUAUUCUCAUUGUGCAAUGCUACACUACAAGCAGUCAUUUUACUCAUGUACACAAGUAUGCCUGUGGAAUGCCUUCAUAUGUAUAAGAAACCAACAUGUUUAUUAUUAUCAUUGAUUUUGUUUACAACUGCACAGGAGUAUUAGGGGCCAACAGAACAUUUUCAAAGUUGGAAAGUUACCAGAAAAAUGGUGUGUGAAUGUCGAUGCUCAUAAUAUUAUGAGCAUAUUAUGUUUGUUUCUUUUUGUUGUUGUUGUUGUUGCGACAUGUUUCACGUAAUACUACAAUUUUAAUUCAGUUGUGAUUUUUAUUCUAAUAGAUAUUAGAUAUUCAGAUUUUAUUCAUAUACAAAUGUUUUGUUCUUCCCCAAAAAAGAAUUUUAUUCUUGCGAAACUACAACUUUAUUUCCAUUUAAUUGAGAUGUUUUUUUUCCCCACAAAAUAUUAGAACUUUCAUUUUCAUUUUUAGCACAAUAUAACUGUAUUCCUGAAGUGUUUUCUUAUUCAUAUAUGUAUACAUACUGUAUUUACACGUAUUUGCCCUAAUACUCCUUAGUACAUGUUGAGUUAUGAUGGACUAUGGUGCUAAAAUGUACUCUCACACUUAGGCACAUGACCAAAAGUGAAAGGUGAUAGUUGUAUUUAUGUUUCAUCUUCAGACUGAUCCAUCUGUCAAAAAAAAAGAAUCGGAAUGAAAACUAAAGCUGUAUGAAUGGUUACGACUAUUUGCAGAGUUUAAAAAGUAUAGUUUAUUUAAUAACCCAGUUUAAUAACAUGUUUGUUGGUGACUUAUUGCAUUACUCUUUUAUUAUUAUUAUUAUUUCUUUUUUUGCUAGCCUGCUUCUUUUGCAGUCCAAAAAUGAAACCAAUGCCAAUGCUCUUGUUUUUCUGCCACAUGUGCCCAAUCUGCUUUUUGUCUAUUUUAUGAUUUUUUUUCUCUACAUUUUACAAUUUUUCUACCCUGCAUGUUAGAUUUUUGUUUGUUUUUAGUAUAUUUCUACUACUGAUGAACACCAGAUGAAUGUCUUUUAGAGUUUAAAUAUUGUUUUUUCUACGCUACAUGAGCAGAAAAUAUACUCAAGUUCAGCUGUUG